AUGGAAACAGCUACUGGUACAACUCGUAACAAUAGACCGGAGUCUAUGUAUGGCAGACUGAGUUCUCAAGCACGUCAUGUUGCGUCUACGGCACAAUCGGAUGAUUCAAACUAUAGCUCGUAUACAACGAGCAGCAGUACAAGAAAUGUCGUCCCCGCGUACAGCGCCAGUUAUCAUAACGCUGCAGCCGCCGCCUCUGGUGCUGUACCCAACACUUCUCAAAAACCUUACAGUGCUUCUGGUUAUUCUGGAAGAUGUUCUGAUAACAGGACAAAUCAAAAUACUCAACUAUUAGCAGCUGCUCCUGCUUUGGGUGCAUAUCACCAUCAGCAUUCACCUAAUCCGCAUUCUCAGUAUUGA